UUUAUCACACCUUAGCUAAAUUUGGACUUCUACCCAAACGACCUGUAUCUCUGCUUCGGGAACACACCCCACCUAUCAACUUGGUCUUCACGCGGAAGUUGUAUCCACGCACCUGAUGGCACAACGCCCUAGGGUGACCCACCGUCCCCUACUCAGAACAUUAGAAAUGCUAUUAGAAAUGCUAUUAGUGCAGUCAGUUUACCCGUGCACCUCAGUCGCCGAGUGGAUUACAGGAAUGUGUCAAACCGCUGGAAGAUUGAAGAUGAACAUCGUCAUCUGCCAGGCUCAGAUAAAGCGCACCGAUUUAGUUCAAGCCAAUGGUUUGCAGAUGUAGAAGCUAACAGACGGAGACGCUCAGUGUCUGAUGAAAGAACAACUUAUAUUAUCAAUACCUAACAGACGGAGACGCUGAAGAAACUAAUGUAAGACAC